AUCAAAUAUCUAAUUUGGCAGAUCAGUGAUCAAAGACAUAGAGCUGUUAAAUACAAAUUAAAAACCCUAUUACUAAUUGUUUUAUGUCAGUUAACCAAUCAUAUUAUUAGUUUUAUCAAAUCUGACAUAGAACACUGGAUACUUACUAUAUAAAUGUUAGUGAACCAGAGCUGUAGUUGCAUAAUUAGCCAGCAGGCAGCGGUACAACAACAUUAGUCGUGGAUUUGGGCAAAGAGGAAGACGAAGACGCCUCUUCCGGAUAAGGCCAUUCAGCACGUUUUAUUGGUCGUGGGAAAUGCUUUUUACUUUUAUGUGAUUGUAUUGUAUUUUUUAACUUUGCGACAUCACGAGAGUUAUUUUCUACGAGAGCCGCCAGUUUACCAGUCGCUUGCAAAGGCUUGUGAUUAGUGAAUAGCAGCAUCCCGUCAUGGAGGAAGAAGCGGUGGAGACAGCGGAGGAGCUGCUGGCAAAGCAGCACCGCAAGGAGAAGAAGGAGCUGCAAGCUAAAAUCCAGAGUAUGAAAAAUGCAGUCCCCAAAAAUGACAAGAAAAGGAGGAAACAGCUGACAGAGGACAUUGCUAAGCUGGAGGCAGAUCUGAGCCAGAAACACGAGGAAGAAUCCAUGCACCUGAAAUCCACAGUGAUCACAAAGGUGGAGGAGACGAUAAAUGGAGUUGAGACCUUGAAGGUGGAGGAUGGGGAGGAAGAACAGUUUAAACAACAACGUGUAAGCAAGGCCCAGAGGAGAAGGGACAAGAAAGCUGCUCAGGACAAAGAGAGGGAGACCAGGAUUGCUGAGGCUGAGGUGCAGAACCUGCAGGGGGUGCGACAUCAGGAGGGUUUGAAGUUGGCUCAGAAACUCGCACAGCAGCAGCUUCAGAUCAAGGAGAUUUCCUCCGAUGGCCACUGCAUGUAUCGCGCCAUCGAAGAUCAGUUGGCACAGCGAGCUAAGCCUGAAUUAACCAUGACUAUGAAAGAACUGCGCUCUCGCACUGCCGACCACAUAAGAAAUCACUCUGAUGACUUCCUGCCUUUCCUCACUAACCCUAACACUGGGGACAUGUACACAACAGAUGAAUUUGAUAAAUAUUGCAGUGAUGUGGAGCACACAGCAGCUUGGGGAGGGCAGCUGGAAUUGAAAGCUUUGACUCAAGUUUUAAGUUUGCCAAUAGAAGUGGUCCAGGCUGAUUCACCAAAUAUAAAAAUUGGGGAGGAAUAUGACGGUGAACCCAUCACCCUUGUCUACAUGCGUCAUGCCUAUGGACUAGGAGAGCAUUACAACUCUGUGGAGAGGCUAAAGGACCCUACCAAUGCAGAGGAAAGCUGAGAGACAGCUUGGUGUUGAUGUGUCAUGCACUAGAAUGCAUUAUGCAGAGUGUUCAGACCGCUCACCAUUGGUCCCUAAAUACUUGUGUAGUCGGAGUUUGGAUUGUGCUAAUGAGAAGUGAUUUUGUACUGGACAACCUUGGCACAACCCAGUGACAUCCAGUGGACACUUACAGCCUGUUGUGUAAAAAAGACGUGUGAUGCACUCGGGCAGGAGCAGUAUGUGUCACUGAACCCAGAUGUCAACACUGUAACUGAGUGGCUAGUGAGUGAACUGUCAAACUGCAGUGAAUGUCAUGAACUAAACUGUAGAAAUCACAUACACAUUGAUGGGUUGUCGCCGCUUGAUGUUUCAGGUUCAGAAAUACUGAUUGUACUUGAAGUGGUUCACAUGAGUGGUCAUCAGAAAGGGGGCACAUGUAUAAAUAAUAAAAAAAAUUUUAACCAUAAAAAGGGUGAUAAACUG